AUGGCAGAUGUGAAACUUGUCUCUAAGGCUUCUGUGACCAUGGAUGAUUCCAGUAUGAAUUCAUUUCUUCCCCGAGCAGCACCAGCUUUUACUCUGCCACCCAGGAACAGCCGCAUCUCUGUGGGCAGCACAGCAAGGAUCGAUGGCAAGGUCAGAGGUCACCCCGAUCCUCGUGUCACUUGGUACAGAAAUGGGCAGCCUGUUCUGAAUGGUGGACGGUACACUGUGGAGCAGAGUGCACGGGGUACAUUUUGCCUUACGAUAAAAGAUGUUACAGUAGAUGAUGAUGGGAAAUAUACAUGUGAAGCAGCAAAUGAGGAGGGAGUGCGACAAGUUACCAUAGAACUGACUGUGGAAGGAACCUCUGCCCUAAAAUACAGCCUUUCUUCUAGCUCAAGGAGUCCAGGAAGCCCUUUCACAACUCAUCUUAUAGAAAACCGACCAAAUAUUUGGGGAGAAAGUCCCCCCAAGUUUGUCACAAAACCAAACCGUAUUUCAGUGAAGAUGGGCCAGACUGGAAGGUUUUCAUUCAAGAUAAUUGGUCGUCCACAGCCCUCCGUCACUUGGCACAAAGACCAUGUUCAGCUUCUGAAUAAAGACCGAUACAAGAUGUACGACAAGUCUGGGGUGCAUUUCUUGGAAAUUCGGGGAGUGUCUGAAGGGGACGCUGGAAUUUAUACCUGUUCAGUGGUAAACAACUGUGGGAAAAGUUCUGUGUCCACCGAGCUUGUUGUCCAAGAAUCUGACAAGACUGAUAGAAUCACUCCAUCAGUAGGGGGCUUUGUGACUCAAGCAGCCAAAACUGUUGUUGCCACACAGAUUACUACAAACGGAAUUUUGAAAACCCAGAGGGUCAUCAAUAGAUAUAAAGCUGAGACUCCAGAGAGUGCAAGUGGCAACUGUGCACCAAUUUCUGAUUCUUCAAAGGACCACUCUAUAGUGCAGUCAAAGAAAACAUCAUCAGUGUCUUCCAAUUAUCUUGUUUCUUGCUCUGGGAGUGAGUCUCCAGGUCUGAAAGAUACAUUGGCACCUGCAACAAAUAUUACAAGUGGUGGUUCUAGGUGCAAUCUCUCUGAAAGUUCCAAGACCAACUAUGGAAAACCAGCAGCCAUAAUGUCACACAAAGAGACACCAUCCAUAGCCAACCGAUACACCUCUGUUAAUGAGUCAAAAGCAAAUCUUCCAGGCUCUUCUAAGGAAAUUCUUACCCAAUCCGCAAAAGACACGAAUCCUGCUUCUUGCAACACUUUUUCAACACAUUCAAAAGCUAAAACGCUCUUUAAGAAAGAGACAAAUAAAGUUUCUCCAAAAGAGAUUGCCUCUGUUACAUCACACUACCCAUAUAGUGUAGAGUCAAAGGUAAGGCCAGCCCUGUCAACAAAAGACGCCACAAAUCCCUCAACUAAUGAAACGAGCACCAUCAAUUCAAGGUAUACAAGUAAUACAGAGUCAAACAUAAGAUCCCAUUCUACGCCAAAAGUUACUAUGGCUUCGAAAGAAACCUCUUCUAUUCACACUGCUGUCUUGGACUCCAAAAUGACCAGUAUUUCUCGACAGUUGUUGCAGGAUCUUACUCAGAAAGACUCAGGAGUUUUGUUAACGUCCCAUGAAUGUACAGAUGUCUCUUUAAAGGACACACCUUUGUUAAUGUCCAGUUUGCCUAAUUUAUGUCUUAAAGAGGCCUCUUUCACAUCAAUUAUUGACAGAAAAAAUAUAUCCCCACUUGACCCAUCCAUAAAGAUACCUUAUGUUGCAACCAAAGAAAGUUUGAAAAAAACGCAUUAUUUGACACCUAAACAGGUUGAGACAAAAGAAGCCACCAACACUUGUCAGUCAAUAAGGAACAUCUCUCUUAAAAGCCACCUAUCUUCACCAAACUACAAAUCAACUUCUGAAAAAAAGCAGGAUGUUAUAUCAGAGUCACAUUUUCACCAGAAUCCUAUGGAGGUCUCAUCCAAGCCUUUUGCAGCGGCUGGUGAUAUGAAGUUUCAGCAGAAAUCAUCCAGUACCAUUACCCUAAAAUCUGUAAAAAUCCAGCCCCAUCCAACCCCCGAGUACAGUCGUGAUGUUAGGAGACGGAAGGAGGAGAAGCCAGAUCUGUUGCCUGCAACCCAGAAAUUGUCUCCUGUUUCUGAUGAUAACCAAAAGGGGGUGCCGGAGGCUCACACUUCUGACUUUAAAACCGCUCCAAACUUUGACCUUAGUCCAUAUAAUCAGGAGGUACUUGAAGGCUGUGAUGUCAAAUUCCAGUGUAAAGUUUCAGGACAGCCCAAACCUCACAUUGAGUGGCUUAAAGAUGGCUCACGUGUGACAGAGAAGGAGGGAGUGCAAAUCAAGGAGGGAUGUCGACUUCAUUCCUUUCACUUGCUGAAGACACAGACGAAAGACAGUGGAACGUACAGCUGUAUAAUUUCCAAUUCAAAAGGUUGCCAGUCUUGUAGCUGGACUCUAAAUGUCAAACCAUUACCAGCAGAGCAGUUUACCCCAUGUCUUGACCAGGUUUUGAGGGGUUGCUCAGUGAUGGAAGGACAAGACUUUACAUUGGACUGCACCGUGAAGGGAGAACCAACUCCAGAGAUCACGUGGUUGCUAAAUGAUCAGCCCAUCCAGUAUGCCCGUGCCACAUAUGAGGCAGGGCUAGUGAAGCUGACUGUCCAGGAUGCUCUUCCUGAGGAUGAAGGGGUAUAUACCUGCCUGGCACGCAACAGCUAUGGAACAUCAUCAUGCAGUGCAGCAGUGGCGGUGAAUGAGAAAAAGUCAUCCUUAAUGCUGGAAGGUUCUAGAGCACCUGCUCCCGAUGAGCAUUUUGCUCCAGUCUUUGUGAAAGGUCUAAGUGAUCUCCAGGUCAUGGAUGGAAGUCAGGUUGUGAUGAGAGUGGAGGUGUCAGCCAACCCAACAGCGGAGAUUAUCUGGUUCCAUAAUGGUAAAGAAGUUCAGGAGACAGAAGACUUCCACUAUGAAAACAGUGGGAACACGUACUGCCUGUAUAUACAGGAAGUGUUUCCAGAAGACACCGGGAAGUUCACCUGUGAAGCCUGGAAUAGCCUUGGACAUGCAAGAACUGAGGCCAUACUAACAGUAGAAGAGCCACAGGAGGGAAUCCAGCCAUGGUUUAUCAGCAGACCUAAACCUGUGCUGGCUACGCCUGGGCAGAAUGCACUAAUUUCCUGUGCGAUUGCCGGAGACCCCUUCCCCGAGGUGCAGUGGUUUAAGGAUGGACAUGAGCUAAGUGGUUGUGAGGUUCUACAAAAUGAAGAUGUCUUCACGCUUAUUCUGAGGAACAUUCAAGAAGGAGAUGCCGGACUAUAUCAGAUUAAGCUCAAGAACGCUGUGGGAGAAUGCAGCUGCCAGGUGUCUCUGAUGUUACGAGAGAACUCAGCGGGCAGGGUCUAUGGAGAGCAAAGGGAGCAGCUAGGCUUUGCGGAGAGAUAUGGAUGUGAACAUGAAGAUGUACUAAGGCUUGGUGGGUUCACCCAAAGUCCGGACGAUCAGGAGAACAUUCGUGGUGUACUCAAGAGGAGAGUCGAGGUUAAAAAACAUACGGAGGAAAAACUUAGACAACAAGAAGUAGAGCAGUUGGACUUCCGUAAAGUUUUGGGUAAGAAGGUGAGCAUAAGAAGCAUUUCAGAAGAGAAUCUAAAGGACAUCCCAGCCGAACAGAUGGACUUCAGAGCUAACCUUCAGCGACAGGUCAAACCCAAGGCCUUGUCAGAUGAUGAGCGUAAAGUCAACAGUCCACAGCAGGUGGACUUCCGUUCAGUCUUAGGAAAAAAGGCCUCUUUCCCAAAAACCCCUGUUCAAGAAAAGGUGUCAGCCAAGCCAGCAACUCCCGACUUUAGGUCAGUUUUGGGAAGCAAGAAAAAAGUGCCUACUGAGAACGGCAAUGCUAACAGCAACAGCACAGAGCCCAUCGAAAAUGCAAAGCCUUUUAGCAAGCAGGAUAACUUAAAACCACAGGUCAAGGAAGAGCAACUAAAACCUGUAGUUAAGCAGGAAAAUGUAAAGCCAGUGUUAAAUCAAGAAAAGCCCAAAUCACUGGUCAGUCAGGAAAAAACAAAACCAGCAGUGAAUGAUGAAAAGUCUAAAUCUGUGAUUAAGGACGGAAACGUAAAAGCAGUGGUCAAUCAGGAAAAAGCUAAACCAAUUGUCAAGGAUGAAAAGUUAAAACCUGUGGUCAAGGAAGAAAAUUCUAAACCUGUAGUCAAGGAAGAAAAUUAUAAACCUGUAGUCAAGGAAGAAAAUUCUAAACCAGCGGUCAAGAUAGAAAAUUCUAAACCAGUGGUCAAAACAGAAAAUUCUAAAACAGCAGUCAAAGAAGAAAAUUCUAAAACUGUGGUCACGGAACAAAAUUCUAAACCAGUGGUCAAGGAAGAGCUAUCAUCCGUGGAAGACAAUUCUAAACAUGUUGUCAAGGAAGAGAAUGCAUCACCAGUAGUCAAGGAGGAAAAGAUUGAGCAAAACUGCUUGUCGGUAGUGGAUGGAGAGGUAGAAAGCAAGAAUGCUCAGAGUGCAGGGACACCACCGGUUUUCACAGAGUUUUUGCAAGAUGCAAAGUUAGUGGAUGGAGAAAAGCUUGUGUUACAGUGCAGGGUCACCUCAGAGCCACCAGCAACUAUAACAUGGACACUCCAUGGCAAGGUCAUAAAGUCCUCCAAGUUCAUUGUGCUGCGCCAGGAAGGGUCUUUGUGUUCACUCACCAUCGAGAAGACCUUCCCUGAGGAUGAAGGGCAGUAUAAAUGCAUAGCGGAGAACUCUGCAGGGAAGGCAGAGUGCACCUGCAAUGUGACUGUAGAAGAUACUUCAGGAAAAACAGAGAUAAAGAAAAGUAAGAAGCCUCGAAGUAAUGCUGUCCCUACAAAUACAGCAGAAAAUGAAGCCACCAUUAAGAAGAAGCCAACUUCGAAGACCCCCCCUAAAGCAGCUUCUGCACCACAGAUCCUCCAAUUCCCAGAAGACAUGAAGGUUCGAGCUGGGGAGACCGUGGUGCUUCUCUGCAAAGUAUCCGGAACACAGCCCAUCACAUUUGCAUGGAUGAAAUUUAGGAGAGAGAUCAAAGUGAGUGAAUUCAUCAAAGUGGAGAACACAGAGGACACCAGCACACUGACAAUCUCAUCGGCACGGCAGGAGCACUGCGGCUGCUACACUCUGGUUGUGGAAAACAAAUACGGCUCCAAGCAAGCUCAGAUUAACCUGACUGUAUUUGAUAAACCAGACCCUCCAGCUGGACAGCCUUGUGCCUCAGAAAUGAAGGGUUCUGCUCUUACCCUGUCAUGGUAUGGCCCAACCUAUGAUGGAGGCAGUGUGGUAGAGUCCUAUACUGUGGAGAUAUGGGACUCUGGAGACAAGAUUUGGUCUGACCUUUCACAAUGUAGAAGUACUUCCUUCAACAUAGAGAAUUUACUACAUGACCGAGAGUACAAAUUUCGUAUACGAGCCACCAACGUGUAUGGAACUAGCGAGCCCAGCCAGGAGUCUGAACCAGUUGCCUAUAAGGAGAAGAAAGAAGAAACUAAAGAGGAGGUUGAAGUUUCAGAUGAUGAGGAGAAAGAAUCUGAGGGGGAAUACAGGAAUGUCAUCAUUAACACCACUCAGAAAGUGGCCGACUUUUACGAUGUAGAGGAGCGUCUGGGAACGGGGAAAUUCGGACAAGUGUUUCGGCUUAUUGAUAAGAAGAAUAAGAAAAAAUGGGCAGGAAAAUUCCUCAAAGCUUAUUCUGCCAAGGACAAGGAGAGCAUAAGGCAGGAAAUCGACAUCAUGAACUGUCUGCAUCAUCCCAAACUUGUCCAAUGUGUGGACGCUUUCGAGUCGAAGAGUGACAUGGUGAUGGUUCUAGAACUGGUUUCAGGAGGGGAGCUGUUCGAGAGGAUCAUUGACGAGGAUUUUGAGCUGACAGAAAGAGAAGUCAUCAAGUAUAUGAAGCAGAUAUCGGAGGGCGUGGAAUUUAUUCACAACCAGCGGAUAGUCCACCUGGACCUCAAACCAGAGAACAUCAUGUGUGUCAAUAAGACCGGGACCAAAAUUAAACUAAUUGACUUUGGCCUGGCCAGAAGAUUAGAGAAUACACCAAAUCUAAAAGUUUUAUUUGGAACCCCUGAAUUUGUGGCCCCUGAGGUGAUUAACUAUGAGCCCAUCGGGUAUGCCACUGACAUGUGGAGUAUUGGAGUCAUCUGCUACAUUCUGGUAAGUGGUCUUUCUCCUUUUAUGGGUGAUAACGAUAAUGAGACAUUGGCCAACGUUACUUCUGCUACCUGGGACUUUGAUGAUGAAGCAUUUGAUGAGAUAUCGGAGGAUGCCAAGAAUUUUAUCAGCAGUCUGCUAAAGAAAGACAUGAAACAGAGGUUAGAUUGCACCCAGUGUCUACAGCAUGCAUGGCUGCAGCAGGACACCAACACAAUGGAGGCCAAAAAGCUGUCUAAGGAAAGGAUGAAGAAGUAUAUGGCCCGACGGAAAUGGCAGAAAACAGGCCAUGCUGUGCGAGCUAUUGGGCGUUUGUCAUCCAUGGCGAUGAUCUCUGGACUGAGUGCAAGAAAGUCAUCUGGAAGUUCCCCUACUAGCCCUUUACCAGUAGAGGCGGAAGCCAGUGAAGAGGACAAUCAAGCUUUCCUGGAAUCUGUGUCUGAGGAGCGACCUCCCAUAAAGCCGUGUUUUACCAGGACCAUGCUGGAUAUUGAAGUUGUAGAAGGAAGCGCAGCCAGGUUUGACUGCAGUAUCGAAGGUCAUCCUGACCCAGAGGUGAUUUGGUACAAGGAUGACCAGCCCAUCAAGGAGUCCCGUCACUUUCAGAUAGAAUAUGAUGAGGAUGGGAACUGCUCACUUACUAUCUCUGAAGUAUGUGGGGAUGAUGAUGCCAAAUACACCUGCAAAGCCAUCAAUAGCCAAGGCGAGGUGACCUGCACUGCAGAGCUCAUUGUGGAGGUGAUGGCUGAAGAGGAGGAAGAGGAGGAGGAGGAAGAAGAAGAAGAAGAGGAGGAGUGAAUAAAUAAAUAUUCCAUAUUGGACUUAUUUCUAGCCGCAAACUACAAGGGGACUUUCACAUUCGGAUCCCAGAAAGUUACUACUUCAGAGAAGCUGGAAGGCAUACUUAGAUACCACUGUUUGAAGAGCAUGUCCUCGGCCUGAUUAGAAGAAAGUUUUUCCUAUUUCCAAGGGCAUUAUCACUAUUUAACUACCAUAUGCAAAUUAAUUACUCAGAUUUGUGAUUGUAGAGGAGCACAUGGCUGGGAUGGGGUGUAGGGUAAAUGGCUUGGGAUAUGGCUUUAGGGUAAAUGGCCCAGAAUGUGCCUGUAGGGUGAAUGACCCAAAAUGUGGCUGUAGGGUGAAUGACCCAGGAUGUGGCUGCAGGGUGAAAGGCAAAGCACAGGUGUAGUGUGAAUGGCAUGGUUUUAGGGGGAAUAGCCCGUGAUGCUGUUGUAUGGUGAAUGGCUUGGGAUGCGUUUGUAGGGUGGAUGGCCUGGGAUGCGGUUCUAGGGUGAAUGGACCAGCACAGAUGUUGUGUGAAUGGCCAGGCAUGUGGUAUUAGGGGGAAUGGCCCAGGAUAGAGUUGUAGGGUAAAUGGCAAAGCACGGGUGUAGUAUGAAAUGCAUGCUUUUAGAAGUUAUGGUCUGUGAUGCAGUUGUAUGGUGAAUGGCCUGGGAGGCGUUUGAAGGGUGGAUGGCCUGGGAUGCGGUGGUAGGGUGAAUGGCCCAGCAUGGAUGUUGGGUGAAUGGCCCAGCAUGGAUGUUGUGUGAAUGGCCAAGGAUGUGUUGUGUGACUGACCUGGAAUGUCAUAGAUACAUAGAAACAUAGAAUUUGUCGGCAGAUAAGAACCACUUGGCCCAUCUAGUCUGCCCCUUUUUUUUUUUAUCUCUAACCUUAAGUGAUCCUUAUUUCUUUGUAAGGAUAUCCUUAUGUCUAUCCCAUGCAUGUUUAAAUUGCUCUACUGUCUUAGCCUCUACCACCUCCGAUGGGAGGCUAUUCCACUUGUCCACUACCCUUUCUGUGAAGUAAUUUUUCCGCAAAUUUCCCCUGAACCUCCCCGCCUCCAGUCUCAGUGCAUGUCCUCGUGUCCUAUUGCUUUUCUUCAUUUGGAGAAUGUUCCCCUCCUGGACUUUGUUAAAACCCUUGAUAUAUUUGAAAGUUUCUAUCAUGUCCCCCCUUUCCCUUCUCUGCUCCAAACUAUACAUAUUGAGAUUUCUUAGUCUUUCUGGGUAUGUUUUGUGAUGUAGGCCAUGCGCCCAUUUUAGUUGCCCUUCUUUGUACAGUUUCUAAUGUAUUAAUAUCCUUUUGAAGAUAUGGCCUCCAGAAUUGAACACAGUAUUCUAGAUGAGGCCGUACCAAUGACCUAUACAGUGGCAUUAUUACUUCUUUCUUUCUGCUGCUGAUUCCUCUCCCAAUGCAGCCAAGCAUCUGACUAGCCUUCCUCAUUGCUUUGUUACAUUGCUUACCUGCCUUUAAGUCAUCUGAAAUAGUGACUCCUAGAUCCCUUUCCUCCUCAGUAGUUUCCAGUAUAGUGCCAUUGCAGGAUGCAGGAUGUGUGACCAGGAAUGCAGGAUGUGUGACCAGGAAUGCUGUGCUGCGUAUGUUGCCCAGGAUGUGGCUGCAGGGUAAAUGGCAAAGCACGGGUGUAGUGUGAAUGGCAUGGUUUUAGGGGGAAUGGCCUGUGAUGCUGUUGUAUGGUGAAUGGCCUGGGAUGCGUCUGUAGAGUGGAUGGCCUGGGAUGCGGGUGUAGGGUGAAUGGACCAGCAUGGAUGUUGUGUGAAUGGUCAGGCAUGCAGUUUUAGGGGCAAUGGCCCAGGAUAGAGUUGUAGGGUGAAUGGCAAAGCACGGGUGUAUGGCCAAGGAUGUGUUCUGUGACUGACCUGUAAUGACAUGCAGGAUGUGUGGCCAGGAAUGCUGUGCUGCGUAUUUUGCCCAGGAUGCAGUGCAGGGCGUGUGACCUGGGCUGUGAUGUAGUAUGAAUGCUUCUACCCCUAUAAUCACAAGGAGUUAAUGCAGUGCCUUUUAUUGCCAAAGCCCUGGGGCUGGUUUAUAACCCACUGUUGGAUGAUAGAACCCACUUUAUUACUUUCUUGUCCAUAUUUGGUGAGCUACCAGAUACCUCUUUUCCUUAAAGUUAUGUAAGGGAUAGUCCCUGAUUUCCUGGAUGAAAAUAGACUUAGAGUAUUUAUCCUUUUAUACUGUAUGUUAUUUUAUGGAACCUAGAGGCAGUGAAGCUUUUGUUUUCCCACAAGCAGAGCAGUUAUUGGUCUGGUCUCAUAAAAUGCUUUGAUGUUCCAUAAUGUGAAGUGUGGGAGAGAUGUGUGAGCUAUAUAAAACAGAUCUAAAACUGUGUAGCAGGCAACAAAUUAUGGCAAUAGGUUUAUCUAUGUAGAAUGUUUGCAGAAGGUUCUGACAGAAUCUAGUACUCCCCUUUCCGGUAACUAAAUAAUAAUCUCCACUGUUGAAGAGCAUGGGGGAACCUUGGAAAGACCCCUCUAAUGGCUGGAUGUAAAUAUCUGCUAUUAACAUAUACACAGAAUUCUAUGCUUCCAGACACAUUAAGGCAGGGUUAUGUCAUUUGAUUUGAGAUUUGUAAAACUUUAUAAAUAUACAACCUGGCUAGCUAACAAAACAGUGCAGUUGUGAGUAGUCGGAUGUGGCUAAUCCCUGUUUUGUCUGAUAUUGAGUAUACAAAUGAGAUUGCAUCUGUUAUGAUAAAUUUUGAUUCCUACAUUUAUACAAAAUCCACUUCUUUGGAUUGCUAUGCUCCUCUGGACUGUUCCUGCCACAUAAUGCAGUAUUUCCCAACUACAAAUUGUGUUUACUAUUAGGAUAUGUGAAGCUUCUUUGGCCUAGUUAGCAAGUAUCCAAUAUUCACCUUCUCUAGUGAGGUUUUAAGGACUUUCUCUUCUUACAAGUGCGUGAGAUUCCUGCUCACACUUUGCUUUCACAAUAUAAGCACUUUGGGUUUUUUUUUGUGUUUUUUAAGGAGAAUAUAUCAGAUGUCAAACAUUCAUUAUGGAUCUGUUUGUGUGCCACACUGUGUGUAUAUAGAUAUGUCUCUCAUUCUCUCCACAUUAAUUUAAUACAUAAGGUUCAAGGGAGUUUAGCUGGUCAUGUUACCAGUCUUUUUAAUAAUUCCCUAAAGUUUAAAAUCAAGAAAUUUGGUGCACAUUUUUAAUUUGUUGUCUUGUGUCACUGCAUUUAUAUUAUUUCUGCCGUACACAUCCCCCAAAAAUAUUUUUUUUUACCAAAUUUGAAUAAAGAUUGAUAAUAUUUACACCAUAUAAACUGUCUGUUUCUAAGAUCUUAUAAUAUUACAAGAAUUGUGUUCUGCAACACUGUACAUGUAGUGAAAAAACAGAUAAUAUAUCAAACCCACCCCAGCAUGUUCUGUUAAUAGUGUUACAGAGUUACUAUUUACCAUGACACAGUCAUGUUUGAUUUGAAUUUUCUGUUUUUGUUAAUAAUGAUAAUGCUGUUAACAUUGCUUAAAAGAUGUCCUAAUUUGAACUCAAAGUAUACCCGUCUCUUGUGGCAAACAUGGGGUUAAAGCAGCCUGGCUCACGUCCCAAAUCUACUAGUCUGCCGGAUGUACUCUAUAACCACAGGAUUGUCACCAUCUCCAUAUAUGGAAAGUGUUUUGUAAGAGUACAAAGCUUUUCUCACGUAUUCUAACAUGUGCUUGGCUAUAUUUUUAUUUUAAUGAAAAUACACUUUUUUUUGCCAAUUUGUUAAAGGCUGACAAUUUGCGGUGAUGAGAACACUACAGCUGUAGUUCCUCACAUUAUAAAUAAAGACUAGCACAUCGCAUGCUUUCCUUAA